UUUGGGUUUGCUCCAGAUUCUAUUUGAUAUUAAAUAUCCAUUAUAAAUCCAUCGACCAUUCAAAAUCUCUUUAAACGAUAUCUAUCAAAAUGCAAUUCAACGUCGCAGCCUGCCUCAUCUUGCCAAUGGUCAUGUCCACGGCAAUUGCAAUCCCCGUUUCUGGCGAAAGCCUUCCCCUUAAGGCUGGAACUUCGGCUGCCGUCGAUGACUUGGCGGCCUGGCAAGCCAUUGUAGAUGAGUACUAUUCUGGUGAUUCAUCCGUUGAAAAUAGAGGACUUGAGAAGAGAUCAAAUGUGCCAGGCAUGCAUUGCGGCUUUGCACGAUUCCUACACAUAAAAGAAGAUGCGAAAUGCGCUGCUGCUAUUGAAGUCGAAGUUGUCAACCCGGAGAUAGAGCUCGGAUUGCAAGCUGUGCAUCUAUGGCCACCUUUGAGUAAUAUGCGGCCUUUGUAAUAUCGCAAUGCUUUUAUUUAUCGAGAGCGAAGUUCGUGCUAUUAGGAGAUAUUUUGAGAGGUUGCCUUUGCUUGUUCCUUUGUACGAUCCGAC